GCAAGAUGGCAGCCUCCGAAACUGUUAGGCUACGCCUUCAGUUUGAUUACCCGCCGCCAGCCACCCCGCACUGCACGGACUUCUGGCUUCUGGCAGACUUGAACAGAUGCCGAGUAGUUACGGAUCUCAUUAGCCUUAUCCGCGAGCGCUUCGGCUUCAGUUCUGGGGCUCCCCUCGGCCUUUAUUUGGAGGGGGGUCUGUUGCCCCACGGCGAAAGCGCACGUCUGGUACGAGACAACGAUUGCCUCAGAGUGAAAUUAGAAGAGAGAGAAGUCGCUGAAAAUCCUGUAAUAGUCAGUAAUGGUGAUGGUACUGAUUUCUUACCAAGAAAAGCAAAGAAGCGGUCAUUUAGGUUGGAAGAGGAUCAAGAAACUGAUUACAGACACUCAAAGAAGCCCUGGAAGAGGCAAGAGAACAGCAACGAGAACACCUUGGAUCUAGAACCGAAAGCUGUCACAGAUGAGAGUGUGAAGAAAAAAAACAAGAGGAAAAACAAAGCCACAUGUGAUGUGGUAGAUGAUGACGAUGGUGAUGGUGAAGAGAUGAAAAAAAAAUCACCAAAGAAAAAGGAGAAACGUGUAAACAGAAAACAGACAAAGAAUCCCAAGUCUUCUAAAGCACAGACGGCGAAAGAGUGGACCGUCCAGAAGGGUAGUCCUCCAAGAGGUUCUCCCGCCAGAAACAGCCUUGUUAAAGCCAAAAGGAAAGGUGGCGUGGACAUUCGUGCAAAAAAUAGUCCCAGUGCCUCCUCAGAGUCUGAGUCUUGUCAUGAAUCCACCAGUGAUGGUCUCAGCAAUGUCACCUUAGAGGUCAGGAAGUCCUCAGAGAAAAUAUCAGCUGCAUUAUCACAGGAAGGGCCCUCUAUAAAAAACACAGCGACAAACAGAGUAGCCACAAAAAUUACUUUUAACUCCAUCCCCAUCGAGGACAAGACAACCAGAACAUCAUCUUCUAGUUCAGACUCUAGUUCAGAGUCAGAGGAUGAAUCCGUGGUGCCCAAGAGAUCCCUGAACAAGGCUGCGGGUCUCUUAAAGGCAGCAGGCCCGUUUGCGGGGAGAGGCUGUCCAGGCCCAGGGCUGUUGUCACAGACUCCACAUGCCGUGGGGUGGAAGCACAGUGACUCAAACAGUGGCAGACAGGCUCCUGGCCCUCCUCCCAACGUGACUCUCCCCUCCAGUCUGGGAAGAGGCUGGGGUAGAGGAGAGGACCAUCUUUCUCACAAGGGAGUCAGGGGCCGGGGCAUGCGGGGGAGAGGUCGAGGGCGAGGGCUCGCUCUUCCUUGUGCUUUAAAUAGAAAUGCUGACUAUCAGAAGCAGCAGCAUUUAAAUGAAGUGUUAUCAAACUCAUCUACUAUUAUCCAGAAUCCAGUAGAAACACACAAGAAGGAUUAUAGUCUGUUACCGCUGUUAGCGGCUGCCCCCCAAGUUGGAGAAAAGAUCGCAUUUAAGCUUUUGGAAUUAACAUCUGAUUAUUCUCCUGAUGUCUCUGACUACAAGGAGGGAAAAAUACUAAGCCAGAAUCCAGAGACCCAGCAAGUAGAUAUAGAAAUCCUUUCAUCCUUACCUGCCAUGAAAGAACCGGGGAAAUUCGAUCUGGUUUAUCACAAUGAAAACGGAGCCGAGGUAGUGGAGUAUGCUGUGACACAGGAGAGAAGGAUCACUGUUUUUUGGAGAGAGUUGAUUGACCCAAGACUGAUUGUUGAAUCUUCAAAUAACACAUCAAGUAUGGAGCUUGCCUGAGUGUGACGUCUCCACCUCAUAGUUCAUAAAUGCCUCGUUUGUGAGAGUGACUAUAACCAGAACUUUUAAAAAAGAUCUGAAAGUUGUAUGCAUUUUUUCUUCUCUUUACUGCAUAGGAAAAAAUAUCUACCUCAUCAUUUAAAAUACAUGGGUGUGUUGCUUUUCCAGGUUUAAUUUCAGUAACACAAAUUUAAAAUACGACAUUCCCUGUAGGUGUUGUUAUAUACCAGUACAUAUGGUUUCUUGUGUUUUUUACUUUAUUUUUUGGCCAUCAAGUAGCCAUUGUCAGAAACAGUUUGUGAAUACCAAGUACAAGAAAGUGCUGCACAUCUUGUCUCAGUAAGAUUUAUUAAGUAACGUAAAACAUGAAUGCAUGUUACUUGACCUAAUUUUUCACAUUUGAGUUGUUCUAUUAAAUGUGGAACAAAUUUCAAGUAUUUUCUACUUGUAAUUGUCAAGAACUAAUGAAUAGUGGGGUUUGUUACAGGCAGUAAGUUAAGCAAUCCUUUUACUUAUUUCUCAACUUUAAAGUAAAGGGCUCUCAGGGCCCCGUGUGGAGCAGUGCACGGGAGGCCUGGUCUGUGCACUGGGGGAAGAUCUCCUGUUCUGAGUGCUGAGAGGGUUUACUGUGCGUUCAGGCCAGGAAUGUGUUAUCUUGCCAGAAGGUUGCAAGCCCCCGGCUGCGUGUGCUGGAGUGAGGAUCUUGAACAGAAACUUCCGUUCCUGUGAUUAUUCAAUACGAAGCUAAAAUGAUUAAAUAUAGACUGUGAAAAUCGCUUUCUUUUAACAAAAGAUCAGGUCCCUCCUUCAGCUUUGCAGAUUUUUAA